AUGUCUUCAGAAAAAGAGUCAGUCCAAUCAGAAAUAACAUUGGGACGUCAGUCUUCUCCUUCAGUAAAUGAAGGAACUUCAGUAAAUGAAGGAUCUCCUUCAGUAAGUGAAGGAUUAAAUAAAAAUAACCAAGAUAUAAACAAAUUGACUGAAGAGAUGUUUCUUAAAGUGGCUGAUUAUUUAAAGGGAGAGAUCUUAGCUACAACUGAAGAUUACAAACUUUUAGAAACAAUGAAUCAAGUUACGCGGGACCGGUAUCAAGAAAUGUCUAAAAUGGCACAAAAUUUGGUUGUAGAAAUGGCCAAUUUUCAAAGGAUUUACACUAGCUUCGAACCAUAUAUUCAACAAAUUGAUGAAAUAUGUGAACAAGUCGAUUUUUUGGAAAAAGUUGCUAAUGAAUUAGACGAAUAUUCAAAAGAAUUGGCUAUUACAAAAAUGGCAUCGAAACUAAAUAUCAAUUCUUCCUUCGUUAAUAAUGAUAAUGUCAAAGAAGAAUUAUCCUAUGUACGACAUUUUUUAAAAACUGUCCAAGAACGUGUCGAAAAACUUGGGACAGACGUAAAGGAACUUUUUAAUAAAUCAGACAAAGAACAGGCUACUGGAAUAAGGAUGGUAAUUAUGGGGCCGCCUGGAGCUGCUACUGGUGAUAUGUUACGUUCGCAAGUAGCGGCAAAAACGAAACUUGGUUUGGAAGCUAAAAAAAUUAUGGAUUCUGGAGGUCUGGUAUCUGAUGAAAUUAUGGUAGGAAUGAUCCAAAAUGAAUUACAAAAUAAUCCAGAAUGUAAACAAGGCUUUAUUUUAGAUGGAUUUCCUCGUACAGUACCCCAAGCGGAAAAACUUGAUGCCAUGCUUGAAAAAGAUAAAAAAAAACUUGAUCAUGCCGUCGAAUUAGUAAUUGAUGAUAAUUUAUUGGUUUCGCGUAUCACUGGUCGUUUGAUUCACCCAUCCAGCGGUAGAACUUACCAUAAAAUUUUCAACCCGCCAAAAGUUUCUGGUAAAGAUGACGUAACUGGCGAACCGUUAAUUCAACGUGCAGAUGACAAUGCUGAAACCUUAAAAAAACGUUUAGUGACUUAUCAUAAGCAAACUACACCUGUGGUAGAAUAUUAUAAACAAAAAAAUAUCUGGUCUGGUGUAGACGCAUCUCAAAAUCCUGAAGUAGUUUGGGCGAGUUUAUUAGCUAUCUUCAGCAACUCUAAGCAAAAUUAG